AUGCUAGUUUUUGGAUUAUUGUUAAUUAUUGGUGGUUUGGUGGUAGCUGAUCCAUCAGAAAAAUGUGGAAGUGUUGAGGCACAGAAUAGUUGUGGACAAUGUAUAGCAGCACAUCCUGAUUGUGGAUGGUGUACGAAUCCAGUGAGUUUGAAAAUGUUUUGGGAUAAUGAGAGUUUGUCAGAUGGAUUCUGGAAAAUUGUUUCUAAAAAACUCUGGAAAUCGUUUUUCUCUCAUGAUUUGAAAAAUAAAUUUUGAACAAAUUUUGUCGUUUUUUUUUCAAAUUCUUAACUUAAAACAAAUCCGAUAAAUUAUUUUAUGUAUUCUGAAGAUCAAUCAAAUCAGUUUCGAGAAUUUCGCAAUUUUCAGAUUUGGAAAUUUUAUAAAUAAUAAGAUAUUCAAAUUUAUUUAAAAAUAAACUCGUGUUCAAAUUUUCAUUUAUCAUGUCUAAAAAUGUUGAACAAAGAACAGAAAAUUCUAAAUUAUUGCUCUGAUAAGGUCUCUUGAAGUUUCAAAGUUCUUCAAAAACUCAUUCACAUUCUGAAAAUUCCUUUCCCACCCAAUAUUGUUUUCCAGAACGCCCCAGUGGUAAACCGAUGUCAAUUGCGAACAUUUUUCAAAAACGAAACAUGUGAAGAUCGAUUUGUCUACUCGCCAAAACCAUCUGAAGUCGAAGUAAAAGGGGUCAGUUGGUGCUCGCAUGCUCAUAAAAAUAAUCCUCAACCGAUUCAUCUUACUCAUUUUCAACAACGUGUGCCUGCGCGCGCAACUCGUAAAAAGCGAUAUGUUGUAAUGUAACAUGUAUAAAAAUGUCGGCAAAUCACGACAAAUUGCUUUGAUGAAUGAAUAUAUAUAUAAUUAUAUAGAUUCUGCCAGAAAACAUGUCAAUAAAAACUUUUUAUUACAGAAUGUGCCAUUGGAAGCUAAAGAGUUGGAUGGAGUGAGUAUUGUUCGAAUUCAACCACAAACCACUGUUGUUAGGCUGAAGAAAGGUACUAAUUUUUUCAUCUCAAAAAAAGUCAUAAAUUUUGAAAACGUACUAUAAUUUUGCUAGGUUUGCUUUUAACUUGAAAAAAUAAUGGGCACAUUAUUUUUGUGAAGCAAUUUGUCUUAUAACAAAUGGUUUGAACAGAAAAGUAGGGGUUCAUAAAUCAAGUUGAAACGUGAGCGGCUAAUGAAAAAAUGAGAUAUCGGUUUCAGUAAAAAAAAUAAAGAGGAAGAGAAUUCGAAAGUGUGAGAAAUGGGAUCAGAAAAACAAACAGCUUCAAAUGUUUUGAAGAGAGAAAGGGGAUUUUUAAAAUACGAGAUGAAAAAGUACAACAUCAGAAAACACUCGGAAAUUAUGGGUUGUAGAAUUCGGACCAAAAUUCAAAGAAUCCUAUUCUUAAAUUUCAGGUCACUCUGGAAACGUAACCCUCAAAUAUCUCCACAUUGUUGAUCCAUCAAGACCUUCUGGAAACGAUCAAAUGCAAAUUCUCACAUCCGAUAUCUCUGCACAUCCAAUCAAAGCAAGAUUCUUUGUUCUCUGUGAAGGGUAAGCCAAUUUUCCAAUAUUUUUUAUGAAGCCAAACAUUUCCAGAGUCCUCACUGAAACCAAAACUUGCAAAGUUCAAAACAAUCAAAUCGUCGAAGUCAUUGUUGAAAUCACAUUGAUUGAUUGCUUCUCUGGUGGAGAUAUUGGAGUUUCUGUUGGAUUCAGUGGUGUCAGAACUGUUUCAGGAAUUUAUGUUUCAUCUGUUUGUAGAUGUGAUUGUGAGAGAAAUACGGUAAGUCAAUUUUUAUUUUGAAAAUGAAAUAAAAACGUGUGAGAAUUUUUUUGCAGCAAAUGAACUCACCAUUCUGUAAUCAACACGGUCAUAUGGUUUGUGGUAAAUGUAUCUGUCAAAAACAACGUGGUGGGAAUAAAUGCGAAUGCCCGUUGUCACUUCACGGCGUUUCAACACCGGAAGAAUUGGAUAACAAAUGUAGAUUGUGAGUUUCGGAAUUGAAAAUGAAUGCAAGGGAUUACUUUAAACUGGAAAAUAAGAAAAAAUUGAAUUCCCUUAAGAAAAAUGGUAUUGCAAAAUCUGUCGGAAAAUUUUUUGUUGAAUGUACUUUUUUGUUACUCACAUCCCUAAUUUCUCCCAAUUUCCAUCAUCAAAAAUACUUUCAAAGUGUUUUGAGAACUAAACUCUUACGAUUAGAAACUGAUACAGUUUCAAAACAUAAGAAAAGCAAGCUAAAAAUUCGAAUAUUGACUACAAAAAUCAUUAAGCCUACCUUAUUUACUGGUUGAAUUUCUAGCAACUCUUCUUCCGCCAUCUGCUCAAACAACGGAAACUGCAACUGUGGACAAUGUGCCUGCACUUCCCCAACAAUCAGCGGAAAAUUCUGUCAAUGUGACAACGCAUCGUGCCCAAAAGCUGCUGACGGGAGAAUGUGUUCUGGAAACGGAGUGUGCAAUUGUGGAGUUUGCCAAUGUCAACUUGGUUGGGAACGAGAUGAUUGCUCGUGUUCUACAGCCAACAACAAUUGCGUUGAAAAUGGGGUAAGUCAAAUAAGUUAAUAAUAUUUAGUAUUAUAUUGAACUAACUAAGGAAAUGUGUUCGAACAAUGGAAAAUGUCAAUGUAAUCGAUGCGUUUGUAAUGAAGGCAAAACUGGAGCGUUUUGUGGGUCUGAUGAGGUGUGUGUGACUGGAAUUAUUAGUUUAGAAAUAGAGGGCUCCAUAGCAAAUAUUUUCGGGGCUUGAAACUGUAGAGAAAAUCAUUUUGAAAAACCAUAAUUCUCAAGAACUUCUAGAGUUAUAGAAAUUCGAAUCAAAAGUUUAGAAAUGUUAUUUUCGUGAUAAUAGUUUGAAAAUUUAAAGAUUUUCGAACAGGUGUCAAGGCUUAUAUCAAAAAAAAAUUUUUUUUUGAAUGUGCAAGCCAAAUUGUUUUCUAACAUUGAAAUCUUCCCUUUUCUAAAUCCAACAUUUUCCAGGCUACUGAUAUCAUCACUCAAGUCACCCCAGUUGAUCCAGUCAGCGAUUUGAAAGAAGGUGCUGGACAUGACGAAAAAGAAGAUGAAGACGACAAAGAAAUUCCAGAGGAUGCCGAAACUUCUGGAAGCCCAUUAGAAGCUUCUGAAUCAAAAACAUCCACUUCACUCACAAUUUUCAUUUCGACAUUUAUUGUUUUCUUCACCAAUUUGUUUUUCUAA